AUGUCCACUUACGAAUUUAUUGUUGUCGGAAGUGGUCCGGCGGGUAGCACACUCGCCGCGCAACUCGCCAACUCCCCCGCCAAACCAAGCGUGUUGCUAUUGGAAGCGGGCGACAAUAAGGAAGACCGAAACCUGCGCGUGGACGGGCAGCGAUGGACGACCUUCAUGAACCAGUCCAUGAACUGGGGCUUCAAGACGACCCCGCAGGCCGAUUGCAAUAACCGCGAAAUCGACUACAGUCGCGGCCGGUGCAUGGGCGGAUCCAGCGCCAUCAACUUUGGCGUGUACAGCGUCGGUGCGCGCGACGACUACCAGGAAUGGGCCCGGAUUGUGGACGAUGAUUCGUUCGCCUGGAAAGAUAUUCAGCGACGUCUGAAGGAUCUGGAAACUUUCCACGGCGAGAUUCCGCAAGGCAUGGAUAAGAAGUAUGCCGAUCCCAAGGCUGAGGAUCAUGGCUCUGCUGGCCCAUUGCAUGUCGGCUUUGCGCGCGAGUGGGAGCGAGACUUGACUGAUGUGCUGGAUGUUUUUGAGAAGGCUGGGUUCCCUUUGAACCCGGAUCACAAUUCUGGUAACCCCAUUGGUAUGUCCGUGUUGAUCAACUCGGCUUACCAAGGGCUGCGGUCAACGGCAGAGGAUCUGGUCAAGAAUGACAAGCAGAACAACUUGACCAUCACAACUGCUUCGCCUGUGCAACGUGUGCUCCUGGAGGGCAAGAAGGCUGUGGGGGUUGAAGCCAACGGAAAUAAAUACUAUGCCAGCAAGGAAGUCAUCCUGUCCGCUGGCUCGCUGAACGACCCUCGCAUUUUGAUGCACUCCGGCAUUGGACCCGCGGCCCAGCUUCAGCAACAUAACAUUAACGUCGUGCAAGAUGUCCCAGCCGUCGGCCAGGGUCUCCGUGACCACUGCUUCGUGCCGAUGGUGAGCACCCGCACCGCAAGCAGCACAGAUCGAAAAGACUUCUAUGGCUCCCAGGAAGCCAUGGACGCUGCCAAGAAGCAAUGGCAAGAAGACGGCACCGGACCCUGGGCCAAAUUCGCCUGCGAACUGGGCAUCGGCUGGUUCAAGCUGACCGAGCAGCUGACCUCGACACCCGAGUUCAAGGCUCUCCCCGAAGAUGAACAGCGCUAUCUCCUCCAGGAGACCGUACCGCACUAUGAAGUGAUCACGCACUUCCCCGUCCACUGGUUCAUCCCGGACUUCCCGGUCGAAGCCCUGAACUACUCCUGCCUGCUGGUCUUCCUGUUUAACGCGCAGACUCGCGGAGAGGUCACUCUGCAAUCUUCGGACCCCGACGCGCCGCUACUUUUCAACCCCAAGUUCCUCGCUCACCCCUUCGACCGCCGUCUUGCGAUCGAGGCUUUGCGCGACUCGUUCCGUGUGGCCAAGCACGAGGCGUAUACUAAGGAUAACGUGGCUGCGCUCGCGAUGCCCGCGGGCGAAUCCGAUGAGGAGCUCCUUGAGUACUGGCGCCAGAACAUCUCGUCGAGCUGGCACAUGACUGGAACCGUGAAAAUGGGCAAGAAGGGCGACGAGGAUGCUGUUGUCGACCCUGACUUCAAGGUCGUUGGCAUUGAGAACCUGCGCAUUGCGGAUAUGGGUGUUGUGCCCGUUCUGGUCAAUGCUCACGUCCAGGCGGUGGCUUAUGUCACCGGUGCCACCUGCGCCGAGAAGCUGAUCAAAGAGUAUAACCUGGCGUAA